AUGGCGCCAAAACUCUUGUUCAUGUCAGCUCUCGGGUAUUGGCGGGUGGACGGUGGUGUGCUGGCUUUUGAAGCAAUUUCUUUACUUCUUCACCAACUCUUUCUCUUCUGCUUUUUCUCUUAUUUUACUUUUCUUUCUUUUUUGUUUGCAGUUUCCAUAUUUUCAACCAUUUUUCUCUUCACACUUUCACUCUCUCUCUCUCUUUCUCUCUCACUCUCUCUUUCUCUUUCUCUCUCUCUCUCUCUCUCUCUACAUCUUUCACUUCUCCCGUUUUCUGUAUAUCUCUAUCUUUUCCCCUUUUCUCUGAUUUCUUCUUCUCUCUUUCUCUUCUUUAAUCUCUCUUUUACCACUCGUGCCUUCUUUGUGUCCCUAAAUUUUCCUUUAUCCCUCAUUGAUUCACCCUCUUUCUCACCUCAUUCAUUAUUCUCUCUGGCUGCCACACUCCUCCCACUUCCUUUGUCUUCCCUACCUUCGUUUCUUUUCUCUUUCUUUUGUCGAGUUUACACACUCUCGCUAUCUCACCCCAGUCACUUCACUGUCUUCCAUCUUCCUCUUUUCUGCUUAACACUUUCUCUUCCUCCAACUCUCUCUCUCUCUAUUUCACUCCUACCACGUUCUUUGCGCACGACACUUUUGUCUUCUUUGUCUUUUCUCACUUCUCUUCUUUACACUCACACCAUUUUCGUUUUCUUUGUCUCAUUUUCUCUUUUCCUUUUCUCUUUCAUUACUCUUCCUCGCUUUCCUUUUCAAUAUAAUCUUUCUUUUUCUCUAUCGUCAGACUUCUUCGCCUUCCUUUUCUCCUAUCAUUUUUCCUUUUAUCGUACAUCUCUCUUCCUCGAUUUCCUUUUAAGUAUCAUCUAUACAUUUUCCUCUCAUCACUCUUUCUCGACUUCCUUUUCUCUAUUAUCACACCUCUUCGCCUUCCUUUUCUCUUUCAUCACUCUUUCGCCCUUUCUCAUCUUUUCUUUAACUAUUUUUUAUUUUAUUUCUUUAUCUUCUCUUUUUGUCUUCUUUUUCUCUUUUCUAAUCAGUCUUUUCCUUCUUUUCCUCUCGUAUCUCUUUCUCUUCUCUUCCUUAUCAUACUAUCCCUCCCCCUUUCUCAUUUUAUCUCAUCAUCUUUUUAUAUCUUUCACACUUUCUCAUUUUCUCUGUCUAUCUACCUCUUUCUCUUUUCUUUCCCCACUUCUUGUCACUUUUUCUUCUCGCCUUUAUCACUCUGUUUUCAUUCCUAUUUUCUUUUUCUCUACUUUUCUCGCUAUCGCUUUUGCUCUUCUUUCUUUCUCUUCUUUUCUUUACCCUCUCUUUUUUCACUAUUCUCUUUUCUUAUUCUCUCUCAUUCACUUUUUAUCUUCUUUCUUUUUCACUUUUGCUCUAAUCAUUCAUUCCCUUCUUUUUUUUUUUCGCUUUUUUUUCUCUCGCCUGUCACACUUUCAUUUUACUCUUCCCCCAACACCUCUCUUUCUAUUCUCCAAUUGUACCUCUAUUCAUCAUAUUUUUUUCUCUACUAUCCCUCUCUUUGACAUAUUUACUUUCUCUGUUUCCACUCCCCAAACUCUCACUACUAUUCACUUUCCCUUCUCUCUGUUUUUGGCUUCUUCACAUACUAUCAUUUUCUGUCUGCCGGUCUGUCUGUCUUUCUCUCUAUAUAUCUCUGCCCCCCCUCUCUCUCUCUAUCUAUCUCUCUAUCUAUCUAUCUUUCACUCUAUCUCUAUCUCUCUCUCUCUCUCUCUCUCUCUCUCUAUCUAUCUAUCUAUCUAUCUAUCUAUAUAUAUAUAUAUAUAUAUAUAUUUAGACAUGGAUAGAUAG